CUGCUGUAGAAGUUUGUUAGACUGGGACACUGAAAAUUGAAUAUCAAUAGCAGCUAGGUGCUAACAGAAUCAAUUAUUAUAAAAAUCGAAAUAUAAAACUUAAAAAUCUUGCUGCAAUAAAGCCAAGAUGCUAAAGUUCUUUAUAUGGGGUUUAUUUUGAGGGACAAAGUUUAAAAAAAAAAAUAAAAUUAAGGGACAAAGUGAGGGAUGAAUAGUACUAGCUCUCUUGCUGGCCAUGCAAAUAAUGAGGGGCAUUCUCUAUGAGCUAAAACUAAAAGGGCACUCUUCAUGUCAUGGUCUGUCUCCCACUACCAUACGGCUUUUAGCAAUGGAAAAGUGGAAAGAAAAAAAAGAGGGGUAAUUUGGUUUUGAGAACGUGAAAAGUCCUCACCGUGUUGAUAAAGGAACAACUGUGAAGAACGAAAACUUUAGCUGUUGCACUUCUUUUUUGUUGUCCUGUGGUUGCUUAUUUUAGCAUCAGAGCCGAGAAGGAGAAGGAAUAUCAUACUGAUUUUUACCAACCUCAUGUUCAGAGAAGGGCAGAGUUCAACCAUGGGUAUUCUUAAUGUUAUGUCCACAAUUUUGUUCAUUGUCUCCUCCCUUUCGUUCAGUCUAGCAAAAUCUGGCACUUAUAUCAUCCACAUGGACUCAUCAGCCAUGCCAAAAGCUUUCUCCAGUCACCACAGCUGGUAUUUGUCAAUGCUUUCUUCAAUAUUAGACCCCUCUGAAGCCGCCGCUGCCUCCACCACUAUUUCUAAACAUUUAUACACUUAUACUGAUUCUAUCAAUGGAUUCAGCGCCAGUCUCACUUCAUCUGAGCUUGAAGCCCUCAAGAAUUCUUUUGGGUACAUUUCAUUUACUCGAGAUCUUCCUCUCACGGUCCAUACAACUCAUACUUCUCAAUUUCUUGGUCUAAGCUCAGUGUCAGGUGCAUGGACAGCUCCAAAUAAUGGUGAAGAUGUCAUAAUUGGUAUAGUGGACACUGGAAUUUGGCCAGAGAGUGAGAGCUUUAGUGAUGAGGGAAUGAAUAAAGUUCCCCCAAGAUGGAAAGGAAAAUGUGAGUCUGGCACCGAAUUUAAUUCCUCCUUCUGUAACAAGAAACUCAUUGGGGCUCGAUUUUACAAUAAGGGUUUGCUUGCUAACAAUCCGAAAUUAACCAUUCCAAUGAACUCCCCCAGGGAUAUAAAUGGACACGGAACACAUACUUCAUCAAUUGCUGCUGGCAACUAUGCAGAAGGUGCUUCCUACUUUGGCUAUGCCUCAGGCACAGCCAAAGGCAUGGCUCCACGGGCUCACAUAGCCAUGUACAAAGUAGUUUGGAGAGAUGGAACCUAUACAUCAGAUGUACUUGCUGCAAUAGACCAGGCAAUUAAAGACGGAGUGGAUAUAUUGUCCUUAUCCUUGGGCUUAAGUGUGGAUGACAAUAUUUUGGAAGGUGAUCCAAUAGCAGUAGCCACUUUUGCAGCUGUAAAGAAGGGUAUAUUUGUAACAGCAUCAGCUGGGAAUGAUGGGCCUUUGUAUUGGACUUCAAUCAAUGGAGCACCGUGGAUGUUAACUGUUGCUGCUGGUUCUAUAGAUCGUGAAUUUGAUGGAAUUUUGACUUUGGGAAAUGGAGUGCAGAUCAUCUUUAAAUCCUUGUAUCCAGGUAAUUAUUCUCUAAUCCAAAUGCCCCUGGUUUAUAUUGAUGAAUGCCUAAGCGUGGACGAACUAAAGCAAUUAAGAAACAAGAUCAUUGUCUGCAAGGACCAUCUAAGUAUAAGCAAUCAGCUUGAAAAUGCUGAGUCUGCAAGGGUUUCUGCUGCUGUUUUCAUAUCCAAUUAUUCUUCUUUAUCUGAACUUUACACUAGAAGCUCGUUUCCAGCAGCAUUUAUUGGCCUUCAUGAUGGCCAAACUGUAAUAGACUACAUAAAGCAGAAUACUAAUCCUAGGGGAAGGUUUCGAUUUCAAAAAACAACUAUUGGUACAAAGCCAGCACCAAGGGUAGAUGCUUAUAGUUCCAGAGGGCCAUUUUUAAGCUGCCCCAAUGUUCUAAAGCCAGACAUUUUGGCUCCUGGCUCUCUAGUGUUAGCAUCAUGGUCUCCAAUAAGUGAAGUUACUUUUGUCCGAUCACAUCCAUUGUUUAGCAAUUUCAAUCUCUUAUCGGGAACCUCCAUGGCUACUCCACAUGUGGCAGGCGUGGCAGCACUUAUAAAGACAGCACACCCUGAUUGGAGUCCUGCAGCCAUUCGUUCUGCCAUUAUCACCACUGCCAAAUUAUUAGACAACACUUUAAGCCCCAUUAAAGAUGUUUCAAAUUAUAACUUCCCUGCUAGUCCUCUAGACAUUGGAGCCGGACACAUCAAUCCCACCAAGGCUCUUGAUCCUGGGCUUGUGUAUGAUGCAGCACCUGAAGACUACAUUAAGCUUCUCUGUGCAAUGAACUACACAUCAAAACAAAUUCGAGUCUUUGCAAACUCAAGUCACAACUGCUUGAGUCGGUCCUUGGAUCUUAAUUACCCAUCUUUCAUAGCUUUCUUUACAGAUGAGCAGUCAACUUCAAAUCAAAAAGUUGUGAAAGAAUUUCGAAGGACUGUAACAAAUGUAGGCAAGGGAGGGAUGGCUUAUACGGCAAUGGUGACAGGCAUGGAUGGUAUAAAGGUGAUGGUGGAGCCUCAGAAGUUGAUAUUCAAGCAGAGCUACGAGAAGCAAAGCUACAAGCUCAGCUUGGAGGGCCCAAAAUCAUUGAAGACGGAAGUUAUUUUUGGUUCUUUAAGUUGGGUGGAUGAUGAUGGUAAAUACAUGGUAAGAAGUCCAAUUGUGGCCACAAGCAUCACGCCAUGAUAAUGCACAGUUAAAAGCUUUGAUUGGCCUAUUAUGUACCCUAUGAUUGUCUAAUAAUGCCAUUUUUUUUUUUCUCA